AUUAGGUUAGUAGCAUAGAGCGUACGUAAAGAGUGGGAACACGCAACGCUUGCGCGACUGAAGCUUCCCCUGCGUUGAGUUAAGUAAGAUUUUAAUGGGAACCGACUUUUGGAACACUUCUUCUUUAAUCACCAAUUCCUAUUUUUCUCGACGACUUUGGCGUCAACGAUCGCAGUCUUCGGCCUCGAAAUUGGCCGUUGCGAUUGGUAUCCUUUUUUCACCAUACAUACAUUUCUUUUUCUUUCUUUAUUUCUCUUCUGAACAUCGAUUUCUUCUGAAUUACGCUCCUUUAUAACUAUGUCGACCACCCCGCAGGGCACUCCGCAGAGUACUCUGCGCCAGCGGAAUGUCCCCGGUUCUUCCAAAAAGAAGAGCGGUAGUAGUACUGAUGACUUAGACUCCGAGCUCGACAGCCUCGUCAAAGCCAAUAAGCAAGCUACCAAGAAGCAUUCCGAAUGGGACUACAAGGUCGCUUUAACUGUUAUUACAAUCCUGGCUUUUAUUUCGAGAUUUUGGGGUAUCAGCCACCCGAACGAGGUCGUCUUCGAUGAGGUCCACUUCGGUAAAUUCGCUUCGUUCUAUCUCGAGAGAACCUAUUUCUUCGAUGUUCACCCACCGUUCGGAAAACUGCUCUUCGCCCUUAUGGGUUGGCUUGUGGGAUACGAUGGACACUUUCACUUCGAGAACAUUGGCGAUUCCUAUAUAGCGAACAAGGUCCCUUACGUGGCUUUUCGCUCUAUGCCCGCACUUCUCGGCUCGCUAACCGUCUCGGUCACUUUCCUCAUUAUGUGGGAAUCGGGGUACAGUCUCCCAGCAUGUAUCGUCGCUGCUGGUCUUGUUCUUCUGGAUAACGCCCACAUCGGUCAGACUAGGCUGAUCCUGCUUGAUGCUACUCUUGUAUUAGCUAUGGCAUGCAGUCUACUUUGCUACAUCAAGUUCUACAAGUUGAGGCACGAGCCUUUCAGCCGUAAAUGGUGGAAGUGGCUUAUUCUGACCGGGUUUGCGCUCUCCUGCGAUAUUUCCACCAAGUAUGUCGGUCUCUUCGCCUUUGUUACGAUCGGCUCUGCUGUCAUCAUCGACUUGUGGGAUUUGCUCGACAUCAAACGACCUGGUGGCGCAUUGGAUCUGAAAGAAUUCGCGUACCAUUUCGGUGCUCGCGCCGUCGGCCUAAUUAUUAUUCCUUUCCUAUUUUACCUGUUCUGGUUCCAGGUUCACUUCGCCAUCCUGACACGAUCCGGUCCUGGAGACGAUUUCAUGACCCCCGAGUUCCAGGAGACGUUAUCUGAUAAUGUUAUGUUAGCCAAUUCUAUCGGCAUUGACUAUUACGAUACUAUCACUAUACGCCACAAGGAAACCAAAGCGUACCUUCACAGCCACGAUGCGCGAUACCCUCUGCGCUACGAUGAUGGCCGAGUUUCUAGCCAAGGCCAACAGGUGACAGGAUAUCCAUACAACGAUACCAACAACUACUGGCAAAUUCUCCCCGCUAACGAUGAUCAUCAAAUGGGCCGCCACGUCAAGAACCACGAACUCGUCAGACUACGACACUUGGUGACGGAUACAAUUCUAUUAUCCCACGACGUUGCUUCUCCUUACUACCCGACCAACCAGGAAUUCACCACUGUAUCUCUAGCUGACGCGUACGGAAGUCGUUCGGCAGAUACUCUUUUCGAGAUCAGAAUCGAGCAUGGUAAACCCAACCAGGAGUUUAAGAGUGUUUCUGGUCAUUUCAAGUUGAUCCAUAACCCCAGCAAAGUAGCAAUGUGGACACAUUCGAAGCCUCUCCCAGACUGGGGCCACAAGCAGCAGGAGAUCAACGGAAACAAGCAGAUCGCACCCAGUUCUAACGUUUGGAUCGUGGAAGAUGUUCCCUCUGUCCCGGCUGAUUCCCCCCGUCGCCAAAGGCAAGAGCGUCAGGUUAAAACUUUACCAUUCCUUAGGAAGUGGUUCGAGUUGCAACGCUCAAUGUUCUGGCACAACAGCCAGUUGACUAGCAGUCACCCGUAUGCUAGCCAGCCGUACCAGUGGCCAUUUUUGUUGCGAGGUGUCAGUUUCUGGACACAGAACGAUACCCGCCAGCAAAUUUACUUCCUGGGUAACCCAAUUGGCUGGUGGAUUGCUAGCAGUUUAAUUGCCGUUUAUGCUGGUAUCGUCGGUGCUGACCAGGUAUCUCUACGUCGUGGCAUUGAUGCUUUGGACCAUCGUACGCGCUCUCGCCUUUAUAAUUCCACGGGAUUCUUCUUCCUAGCCUGGGCUACACAUUAUUUCCCAUUCUUCACUAUGGGACGUCAGCUCUUCUUGCAUCACUAUCUCCCUGCCCAUCUGGCAUCAUGCCUUAUUGUCGGCUCUCUACUCGAAUUCGUAUUCAACGCCGAACCGUCUGCCGAAGAGCCUUCCUACGAAGAUGUCAAGUCAGGCAAGAAGAGUGCUCCGGGUCCUCGACGACACAUCACGGCUCGGGAGAGAUUCUCUGGCCAGAGCAUGGUCCCGGCGUGGAUUGCAUGCUUCGUUGUUCUUUCUUUGGUCUUUGCCGGCUGGUACUUCUUCCUGCCGCUGACCUACGGUUACCCUGGCCUUAGCGUUGACCAAGUCCUUCGACGGAAGUGGCUCGGGUACGAUCUACACUUCGCUAAAUAAAGGAAGCGAAGAAAAAAAUUCUAGCGAAUCUUGGUAUGUAAAACCGUAAUCUUAGGAGACGACGUAGAAACCCAGGUGUACUAUUGAGCGCAGCAUCUAAAAAGGCGAAAAUGGAUAGGUUGGGACGGCUUUGCGUUUGAUCCAAAGGCAACGGAGAGAAAGAAAAAAGGUCUGUUUUGCAAUAACGAAAGAAAAAGGCAUCAUCUGGUUUUUUUAAAACCCUGUCACCUGUGUGUUGUCAGGACUUCUGCACUGUAAUCUAUAUAGAGGAGAGGCGAUACGGGAAUCAAUCUCAUUUCUCAAGUCAUUAAAAACAUACAAAACAUACCUAGGUACCU